AUGUCUUCCAUUUCCAUUGAGCAAGAAGUUUUAGAAGCAACAUUCAACCAGAAUAAUAACCUCUUAGAUGCAUGUGCCAUAACUCUGGCAAUAUACGACUACUUGCUAAACCUUGACGCUGAGGGAAAGAAGAUCACAUGGACAACCUGGCUGUAUGCAGUGAUGCGCUACCUUGCAUUGGUCUUAGUCAUAUUAGAAAAUAGUGAAUAUCAAAACCCCAUUCAUACCUGCACGUCUAAUACCCUCCUAAGUUCAGGACGUAGGCAUACCAAUUCCGGGAACGAUGUGAGUACUGUGGAUAUGUGCAUGAUCAUUCUUCUGAGCAAGGGGUUUUAG